AUGAAACCUUCAAGAUCGUUACGCCUCCUCGCGAGGAGAGCGACGGCACCGUCAGCGAUACGCCGGCUGGCACCUGCGGUGUCUGAGCGGAGGCAAUACUCAACACACCCACCAAACGCCCGUCUUAAUUUACCAAUCGACUACUCGGCGACGCCCCUACUAUCGCACAGUUCUCAGGCGGCGCUGGCGACGGCAGAUCUGCCGGCCGAGGUCAAGAAUGGGACUACCAAGCGCAUGAACCUCUUCCAGGCGAUCAACGAUGCUCUGUCAACCGCUCUUACCGAGGACGAGGAUGUCAUAAUCUUCGGUGAGGACGUCUCCUUCGGUGGCGUCUUCCGCUGUACCAUGAAGUUGGCCGAGCAGUUCGGUGGGGACCGCGUCUUCAACACGCCUCUAACAGAGCAGGGCAUCAUGGGCUUUGCCAUUGGCGCCGCCGCCGAGGGUAUGCGACCUGUGGCCGAGAUCCAAUUUGCAGACUACGUGUAUCCGGCAUUUGACCAGCUUGUCAACGAGGCCGCCAAGUACCGAUAUCGUGAUGGUAGUUGCGGCCGAAGCGUUGGAGGAUUGACAGUUAGGAUGCCCUGUGGAGGGGUGGGCCACGGUGCCCUUUACCACAGUCAGAGCCCCGAAGCACUCUUUACACAUAUUCCUGGCCUCAGGGUCGUCAUGCCGCGAAGUCCAUUGCAGGCAAAGGGACUCUUGCUAGGGGCCAUCAGAAGCAAUGAUCCCGUAAUAUUCAUGGAGCCAAAGAUUUUAUAUCGUGCCGCCGUGGAACAGGUGCCAACUGCAGCCUACACUCUGCCGUUAUCAAAGGCCGAAAUUCUGAAAGAAGGGAAAGACGUCACCGUCAUCUCGUAUGGCCAACCCCUCUACACCUGUGACUCCGCUAUUCAGAGUGUGGAAAAGGACUUGGGCAUCUCUGUUGAGCUGAUUGACUUGAGGACACUGUACCCAUGGGAUAAAGAGACGGUAUUCAAGAGUGUGCAGAAGACGGGUCGGGUCUUGGUUGUUCAUGAGGCCAUGGUCAAUGCUGGCAUUGGUGCCGAGGUCGCUGCAGCUAUUCAGGAGGACCCCGAGACCUUCAUUCGGCUGGAGGCUCCGGUGCAAAGGGUUGCAGGGUUCAGUAUACACACUCCACUUUUGUUUGAGAAGUUCAACGUGCCAGACGUUGCUAGGGUCUAUGAUAGCAUUAAGAAAGUACUAGACUACUGA